UUGUGUUUGAAGUUGGUUGUAUUCCUUGACCGUGGUUGUGCUAUAAUUUUAAUUUUCUAAACCAAAGAAGAACAAGCAAAAGCAACUCACGUUGAUCUAUUCUUAAACUACAAUUAUUAAAGAUAGACAGAAUCUCAUUUUGUUCAACUGCAUAUUCGUUUCAAUAAAUUAUCUAAAUACACGUAUAAAAUCCUAUACAUUCAUAGUCCAUGUUUUCCCAUCAGGAUAUUCCAUUUAUAGUACACACAACAGAAAUCUCGAAGAGAAGAAAAUAUCUUGAAUCCACUCCACAGUGAUCGGAUCUGCACAUUGCACGUUAAUACUAUCAAGAUGUCCAAAUCAGCACCAUAUGCUCCAAACUUUCCACCAAGUCAAGGGUAUGCUCCACCUCAAGAGGGUGCUAAGGAAGAGAGCUAUCCAUUAAAUCCGCCUGGUUAUCCUGGGCCUCCACCAGGUCCUAUGCCGCAUGUAGUUCAACCAGGCAUGCAACCAGGAUUCCAGCCGGGUUUCCAAGCAGGCUUUCAACCGGGAUUUGCACCAGGCUACCCACAACCUGGUUUUCAUGCACAACCACAGGGUUAUCCACAUCCACAACAAGGAUAUCCAGCUCCUGUUGUCCAUCAGCCGGCAGCAGCUCCAGGUGGUUGGAUGACUAUUCCGCAAGGUCUCAGCAACUGUCCUCCCGGUUUGGAAUACUUGUCUAUGAUUGAUCGCCUACUGAUCCAUCAAAAAGUCGAACUGCUAGAAGCGUUUGUGGGCUUCGAAACCAACAACAAGUACAUGAUCAUGAACAGUGUGGGACAAAACGUUUACUACGCAGUGGAAGAUAACGAUUGCUGCACCAGAAACUGCUGCGGACCUAACCGACCUUUUGAUAUGAAAGUUUAUGAUAACUUUCAAAAUGAGGUGAUUCAUCUUCAUCGCCCCCUAGCCUGCGACAGCUGCCUGUGCCCCUGCUGGCUGCAGAGCAUAGAAGUAACGGCCCCACCUGGCACAGUGAUCGGCUCUAUUGAGCAAGACUGGUCUAUCUGCAAACCAUGUUUCUCCGUUAAAAACGCCGCAGGGGAUGCGGUACUGAGAAUCAAAGGCCCAUGUUGCACUUUCUCAAUGUGUGGAGAUGUAGAGUUUCAUGUAUACUCCCAAGAUGGCGAGACUAAGGUGGGGAAAAUCACUAAGCAGUGGUCAGGCUUGGUACGCGAGGCUUUCACGGAUGCCGACAAAUUUGGCAUUUCGUUUCCGAUGGAUCUGGACGUCAAAGUGAAGGCGGUGCUUCUCGGCGCCUGCUUUUUGAUAGACUUCAUGUUCUUCGAAAAAUCAGGAAACACGAAGAGGGAUCGACCGGGGCUUCUAUAAGACUUAUUUAGUGUGAAAAAUAUUGGACGUAUACCCUCGAAAAUAUAUCUUAAAUAAGCUUUGAAAAUAUUACAGUGUUAUUUACAAUUAACUCCAUUACUAUGCUCAAAUCUUAAGACAUACGUAAAGAAGGGAAUAAGUAUAUUUUAUUUAAUCUACCUAUUUGAUUUAAAUAUUUACUUAGUGCGCUAUACAAUUUUAAACACUAUUUUAUACUCUUAAUGCUUCUAAUAUAAAAUUAAGUUGUGUGCCUUGAAUUUGUAUUCAAAACGCGUUGAUUGUGUAUAGAAUCUCUUUUGUCCACUCAUAUACUAAGGUUUUUUUUAUAUUUUUUGAUUUGUAAGGAUUUUUUUUUAAUUUUUUGCCACGUGAUUUAGGCCUUUUACAUGAUUUAGCAUUAUUGGGUGUAUGGUUAUUAAGUUGCCAUACAACUGAACUAAAUUUUUUUCAUAUUUAUAUUUUAAGAAAAUUAAGGUAUUUUUAAGCUAGUUAAUAAGUUUAUAAUCAGCCGAGACUCUAAAAAACCGUUUGUUCUUCUUGAUCAUACCAAAACUUAACAAACACGAAAUAUAGAAAGACUACUUACCUAUAAAAAAUAAAAAUAUUGAGACACUUUCCGAACGAACCUAUAAAACUAAGUAUGAAUUGGUUGCAAUUUCAUGGUGGUUGAUGAGAAACACCAUUAUUUAUUCCCAACGUGUGCGAAAUAUAUAGAGCUAGGUGAUAUUAUUAACUUUGUUGUCAGAAAGCAAGAAACAUAUAUGUAAUAUUUUCAUAUUUAUAUUGUUAAUUUCAAUUUGUUCCUAAUAGGAUUGUUAUAUUUAUUGCAAACGCAUUUAUAAUGUAGAUGUAAUUCAGAUUUGUAAAUGCAAGGAAGCUUUAUUGUUAAAGUAUUGUAAACAUUUAUAAAUAUAUAAUACGGGCAAUAUGUGUUGCGUUACUGUUUAAUCAAAAAAUUUGAAAUGAGACAAGUUCUGAAUACAUUAAUCCAUAACUGUAUCCACAAUACUACUUUCCACAGCAUGUUUUUAAAAUUUAAAACAAUAUUGCCUCAUACGUUUUUAUUUUUUACUCUCAAUAAUCUAGUCUAUUUAAUUUUAUUUUUUAAAUAUGCUUAUUUAAUAGACCCAUUAAUAUAUUUACACUGGUGUUAAAUAUUGUAUAUAUUAAUAAGAUAAUUAUGAAUAUUUGUUUUCCAAUCACUAUUGGUAAGGAAACCAUAUACAGACAGGGCCUGGGAAUUGGGAAUAUUGGAAACUGAGAAUAGAGCAUAUAUGUAAUUUUUUCCU